AUGUCUUCCAGCUCUUCGAUUAAUUCUUCCUCAAAUAAAAUUCUUCCGGAAGACCACCGUGAGUCCUCGGAGCCGAGCUCCUCUUCUUCAAAUCCUCAGCAAUCAAGUUCAUCACGGGAAGAAGGCAAUCUUCCCCAAUUAGUUCGUAAGAACUCUAGAUUUGAAGAAGCUAGCAGCAGCCGUGCUAGAGUUAGAAUUGAAGCUACCGAAGAUCUGACUGCAGAGGCUCGCGAAACGGAAGCUCGGGCUGGACCGAAUGUUGAUGCUAACGCCCCCGAGAUCGAGGAGAUCGAGGAAGAAUUUCAGGGGGAGAACGUCGCUGAUACUGAAGUCGACAACAUUGAGGCGGUUAUUCAUGCUUCGCCACCACUUCCGAGGCGGAAAGUAGUUCGUCCCAUCAACGUGCCCUCUUGUUCCCUUUCUCCUGGUGUCGUUCGAGCCGUGCUCGAGGCAAACGGGCUUGCGGACAAGAUUAUUUUCAUCAUUCCGGAGGCUAGAGAUCGGCCGUGGGAUGCUCCCGAAGGCUUCCUUUGCGUUUAUCUGACGUACUUCACUCAGUGCGGGCUUUCUUUCCCCAUUCCCUCUCGCCUACUGGGAUACUGCAAUCGGCGCGGCGUAGCUCUUACACAGGUGAUGCCAGCCUCAAUAACGAACUACGUUGGGUUCGUUUCCUUAUGCGACGAGCUCGGUGAAGUACCAUCGAGUCGAAUUUUCGAAGAUCUCUUUUCGGUCAAUAUCCAUAAGUCCAAGGAGUGGUUCUUCGCCGCCAAUGCCAAGCCGAAGAAGAAUUUAGUUAUGGGACCUAAGCCCAGUAAAUUCAACGAUUGGGAGUCCCAGUACUUCUAUAUCGAAAUGAACGAUCUCACCGUCAGCAAUUCUGACAUCGCAAUUCAGUCGAAUUGGAAGAUUCCGAUUGGUCGUCAUCUUCCGAGUCUCCUUCUCAAUUCCGGACUCACCUCUGAGUUCGAAGAAGCAUUCAGCGAAGCCGGUAAACGUCGUUGGCCGGAGGUUUGGGAAGAAAUCCUACAACGUCGACCUAAGAAAGCGGGCUCCGUUCGAGAACCGAAACCACGCAAGCCGAGAACUCGAGCUAGCAAGCCUCGAACCACUCCCAGACGCCAAUCACUGAAGUCGCGAACUCAACGCUCCCGAGCUGCCAGGAUGCUUUCCAUUGACGAAAUCCCAACUCUCUUUGAUGAAGAAGAAACGGGGGUGGCCGAGCCGACCCCAGUCCUUGCUGCUGAACAGAACGAAGUGCAGCCAGAAGAGUUGCCACCUGCUGCGGGCUCACAUGAUCAGGCUGAUCAGAGGAAGACAAAGAAGAAAAAGUCUUCGAAGAAGAGUAAGAAAGCAGAGGACUCUUCUCGGGUGCAAGAUACUCCCGUCGAGCUCGAUCCACCGGCAGCUGUGGCGUCGGGCCUCGCGCUCUCGCAAGAUCGAGCUGAAGCUUCACACUCCCGAAAAAGGCAAACCAGAGAUCAUGUCGAGGGCUCUCAAGAGCACGGGCCGGCUAAAAGAGUCCGAGUUUGUUUUGACUACGACGAGGAGACUCCUUUUGAGGAGAACGUAGAUGCCUGCGCCGAGCUCUAUCAUAAGAUCUCCUCGGAGCUACCUAGCAUUCCCUCGGUCCCCGAGCUCCGGUUUCCCAACAUGUACAAGGGAAUCGCUCACUCGACCGCUGUGCUCGCCAGUCAGACCAAUAACUUGGUCGCUGCAUAUGAAGUAGCCCUGUUCGACGAGCAAGUAAGGGUUUCCAAGCUCGAGGAAAGGAUAGCCAAAGCAGAGGAGCGUCUCGCCACUGAGCUCCAAAUCAACGAAACUCUGCACUCUCAAGUUGACUUGCUGAAAAAGGAGAGUGCAGAGCUGAAGGCGGUGAAAGACGAGCUCACCGAGGCCCAGAAUUUACUCUCCAAAGAGUUUGAGAAGGACAAAGGGCGACUACAAGGUAUGGUGGUGCACUGGAAGAAUCGAGCUAGGAGCGUUCACGCAACGGCUUGCGAACGCCUUGAGAAGGUCAUUCGGAGUUUGGACGAUGCUGACAGGGCUCGGAAGCCGUACUUGGUCUACAACCAGCUCACCGGGGUCCUCGGUUUCAUCAAGCAGUUGCGGAGGAAGGGUCUGUACGAGGUCCCGCCAGAAAUGGUUGCGGAUAUUGAAGCAAGGCAUGCCAAGGCGCUGGAGGACUUCAAGGCGAUCGAUGCUUGCGCGCUCACUGAGGAGGACAAGAAGAUGUCACCGUUCGUAGAGGAAGAUGACAUCCCGGUCGUAAAUGUGACUCAGAGCGCACAAGAUCCUGCGAGGGGCGAGCAGUUCGGCUCAAACGAGGACAUACUCAACGCUGCUGCCUCAAGACCGUCUAAUCUCUUCCUAUUUUUCUUUUGCUCUUCGAACUUAACUGCCCUUGCAUGGGUUUUUUGUAACUCUAAUUCCGAGCACUUGGUGGGUUCUGACUCUAUUUGCCUCUCGGGGCUUUUUAUUUAUGCGUUUGUUUUUCCUUCCUGUCCUUGUCUUUAA